GUCCAAUAGAGACCCUCCGUGCUAGCACGACUCGCCGCUUAAGCGCCUCCGCGGUCUCAGGAAUGUCAACUAUUCAACAUGGAGGCGGAGGUCGAUAAGCUGGAACUGAUGAAAAAUCCAGGUGAAAUUUUAAAGGAAUUAUCAGCAAUAAAGUCUCGAUAUCAAGCUUUGUGUGCACGCUUUAAGCCACUUUCUGUUGAGCAAAAAGAGAACAAGAGCCGCAUUUGUGCUACUCUGAGCAAGACAAUGACCAUUGUACAAGAACUACAAAAGCAAACAGACCUGGAGCUGACUCUACUGACUGAAGAAGAGAAAGCUGUGACAGAGCAAUUAAAAUCUCACAUGCCAGACUUAUAAAAACCUGGAACUCUAAUGGAAAAAAGGUCCGUUCCAAAGAGAUUCAGCAAGAUGUUGUAUUAAUGCUUGGUAUCAUUAAUUCUCCAAGGGGUGGGAGGCUGAUAAGGAAGAUUGAGAUUUUCCUUGAGUGUCAGAAUCAUGAGAGGAAAUUAUAAGAAGUGUAGAUUAUCAUAUGAAUAAAAGCCAAAAGGUAAGGAUAUUUUAAUGCUGAUGUCCACAGUUAAUUUUGUGGUUACAAGUAAUGAAAUCCCCUAAUACUAUUUUUAAUCUGUUUUCUUUUUGUAUAGUUGGGAUAAUUUGAGAUGUUUUGGGAUUUUGUAAAAGAAUAUUCAAGUAUAUUUUCAAUCAGAUGUGAAUGGGAAAAAUACUUGUAUAUUAUAAUUACUCAGGUGUUGUUUGUUUUUUGAGACAGGCUCUCACCAUGUAGUUCUGACUAGCCCUGGAGCUCACUAAGGAAUCCAGACUGGCAUGAAUCCUAGAGAUGCCUUCUUCUGAGUACUGGGGUUAAAGGCAUACACUACCACACUGGGCAUUGUUUCUCUCUCUCUCUUUGGGACAAGGUCUUAUGUAUCCCAGACUGGCCUCAGAAUUGGUGUUGCCAAGGAUAAUCUUUUACUUUGCUACCACCUGGCCUGUAUAAUCUGACCCCUACACCCGAGUGCGGGGAUUACUAGUGUGAGUCACCACAUCUGGUUUAUGUCAUACUAGGCAUCUACCUAGAACCUUGUGCAUGCUAGGCUAGCACUGUACCAACUGAGCCACAUCCUCAAUCUUGUAAUCUCCUUUUUUAAAAAUGCACGUUACAGAUGAUAGCAUAUUUUUGUUGUGUGUCUGUGAUGAUCAGUAUUUCACGAAACCUAACUAAUAUAAUUAGUAGGCUGCUUUGUGAAAACUUUCCUUUUGUUUUUCCCCUUUUUCCCAUUGCUUGCUAAUAAUAAAUGAGCCGUUUUCAAAUGCUGUUUUAAACUGUUCAUCUAGUAUUGUGAUAAUGUUUACCUUUAGUCUAAUUUUGUAGUUGUUCAUUCUAUAUGACUGGUAAAACACUGAAAUCACUAAAGACUUAUGUACUACUA